AUGCUCUUGAGCGUCGUAUUCUCCACUUUCGUUCUGUUGGAACUGGCGGCAGCUGCCCCAAACCCCAAGGCCAAGCAACUGGAAGAUUGUGUUGCAAAAGCAUUGAUUGGGAAUGACAUUCAGACCCGUAUACAGACACCUGCAGAUAGCACUUACGAAGAUGCGCGUAUUGGUGCUAUCAUAAAACCAGAAUUCCCAGCAAUGAUUGCUUUUGCUACGCAGAUUAACGAGGUGGCCCCACUGAUAAAGUGUGCUUCGAAGAAUGGGUUUCAGGCCGUUCCUCGCUCUGGUCGUUACCACUUUGAGGGCUGGUCUGCGUUGAAUGGUUCUUUAAUCAUCGACGUGUCGCACAUCAACAACAUCACCGUCUCCAAGGAUCUCCAAACCGCCGUCAUCGGAGCCGGUGCCAACCUAGGCCAAAUCUACACGACGCUGAGCACGUAUGGGAAGACUUUCUUGGGCGGGAUCUGUCCUUCAGUCGCCAUCGGAGGCUAUCUCGGCGCUGGUGGCUACAAUCUUCAACAGAGACAGCUCGGGUUAGCCGUUGACCAGAUUGUCUCUUUCAAAGUGGUCGUAGCAAGCGGCGAUCUUCUGACGGUUUCUCCCACUCAACAUCCCGAUUUGUGGUGGGCAGCCCGGGGUGGCGGAACUUUCGGUAUCAUUGUGGGGACGACGGUGAAGAUCUUGACACUACCGAGAUCGGCCAUGGUAGCCGCUUUUUACCCUAACAAGACCACUCGCUACGACGUGGUAAAGACGUACCUGGAUUGGGCUCCGAAGCAAGUUCCAGAAUUCACGAGCCAGCUCAACGUCUACAAUAACCGGACGCAUCUCAUGGGCUGGUAUCUCGGCGGCACAACAGAGCAACUACAACAGAUCAUGGAGGAAUCUGGCCUUCUCGACAUCCCAGACGCAAAGGUUUCCAUCACUGGGGAUUGCAGCACCGAGAACUCGCGCAUGUUCUGGCUGGCCCCCCAAACAACCUGCACGAAUGACGAAGAGGCCUACGACGCUUUUCUCACCGCCUACAACACCGUCCCCAUCCAUCUGACGCCAAUUGAGCCGCAGUUCCGCCUAGAAAACGUGCCCGCUCUCCCAUCGGAGCCCACUGCGCAUCUCUGGCCCAGGUUCGGCGUCAUCAGCAAGACGUACUUCACGUUGAAGAGCAAACCCUUAUCGGACGCUGCCCUCGCCGAGUUCAUCGACCAAACGGGAGCACUGGCUGAUGAGGUCGGCUUCUGGGGCGAGUGGACGAGCUUCAACAUCUCUGCGCCGCCAACUACGAGCGCCUUCCCUUGGCAGGAGGACGCGUCGACCCUGAUGCGGAUGGAAGUGGCGUCGGGGCAUGACUCGCAGGCUUAUGUCCAGAAUCGCGGGUGGAUGAAUAACUUUGAUAAGUUCUUCCGGCCUGAAGUUGGGACUGCGAGCUACUCGGGCUACAUCGAUGCCGAUCUUUCUGUCAAUCCGUAUACUGCUUAUUAUGGCAACAAUGUCUGUCGGCUUGUUGAGGUCAAGAGGGCGUACGAUCCGGAGAAUUUCUUCAGAAAUCCUUUCUCGAUUCCUACUUCGACGCCAGCGGGGUUCUCGUGCUGA